AUGGACCUGCGCACCAUUCUCGAUCUCGCGCACGAGCGUGACGCGUCGGAUAUUCACCUGGUCACGGGCAACCCGCCCAUGAUCCGCAUCCACACGGUGAUGACACCGAUCGGCGACGAGGUCAUCGACGACGAGACCGGCUGGGCGCUGCUGCGCGAGAUGGCGCCCGAGGGCGCGAUGAAGCGCUUCAACGAGAUCCAGGACACGGACUUCUCGUACUCGGUCGAGGAGAUCGGCCGCUACCGCGUGAACGCCCACCUGCAGAAGGGGCGCGUGGGCAUCGCGAUGCGAACGAUCAAAUCGAGCGUCCCCGCGCUGGAAUCGCUCAACCUCCCGCCGGUGAUCACGCAGCUCACGCGCCUGCCGCGCGGGCUCAUCCUCGUGACGGGCGACACCGGCUCGGGCAAAUCGACAACACUCGCGGCGAUGAUCGACGCGCUGAACGCGCGGGACGAGAAGCACAUCAUCACCCUCGAGGACCCGGUCGAGUACACCUUCGAAUCGCGCCGGUGCCUCGUCGAGCAGCGCGAGCUGGGCCAGGACAUGCCGAGCUUCGCCUCCGCGCUCAAGCACGCGCUGCGUCAGGACCCGGACAUCAUCCUCGUCGGCGAGAUGCGAGACCUGGAGACCACGGCGCUGGCGAUGACCGCGGCCGAGACGGGCCACAUCGUGCUCAGCACGCUCCACACGGUGAACGCGUCCCAGACGGUGGAGCGCAUCAUCGAUAUGUACCCGGCGAACCAGCAGAACCAGAUCCGCGCGAUGCUCGCGGGGACGCUCCAGGCGGUGAUCUCGCAGGUGCUGUUCAAGCGUCAGGACGGCAAGGGCAUGACGCCCGCGUGCGAGAUCCUGCUGUGCACGCCCGCGGUGCGCAACCUGAUCCGCGAGGCGCGGACGUUCGAGAUCCCGAACGUCAUCGAGACGAACAAGGCGAUCGGCAUGCAGUCGCUCGACGCGUCGAUCGCCGAGCUCUACUUCAACGGGAUGAUCUCCCGCGAGGACGCCGCCGUCUCGAACGAGGGCAAGCCCGUCACGGGCACGCUCAACGCGGCCAGCGCGCAGACGGCGUCCGAGGUGCUGCGCGCCAAGGGCCUGAAGGUGCAGUCCGUCCGCGCGACGGACGCCGGGAACUCGAAUUCGAUCUUCGGGCGGCUGAAACAGCUCAACUCCGGCAAGCCCACGGUCAAGCACGUGCUCGACUUCACGACGCAGCUCGCGGUGAUGGUCCGCGCGGGCAUCUCGCUCCGCGUGGCGCUCGAGGGCAUCGCCGAGCAGACGGCGCACGCGCGGUUCAAGGCCGUGCUCCUCGCGCUGAAGGCGGACGUCGAGUCCGGCAAGCAGUUCUCCGAGGCGCUCACGCGCCACCCGCAACUCUUCGGCCCGCUCUACGUGAACAUGGUCCGCGCGUCGGAGAUGUCCGGCUCGUUCGGUUCCAUGCUCGACCGCAUCGCGGCCUACCUGCAGCAGCAGAUCGAGACGCGGAAGAUGGUCGUCGGCGCGAUGAUCUACCCGGGCGUGAUCGCCUUCAUGGCCGUCGGCGUCACGAUCUUCCUGCUCACCUUCGUGCUGCCCGCCUUCGGCGGCGUGUUCGAGGGCAAGGAGGAGGCGCUGCCCUGGUCCACCAAGUUCCUCAUGGGCCUCUCCGAGUGGAUGGUCGGCAACUGGCCGAUCGUCGCGGGCGGCGCCGCGGCGGGGCUCGUGGGCCUCGUGCUCGUGCUCAAGACGGAGCCGGGCAAGGUGGUGCUGGACAAGUUCAAGCUCGGGUUCCCGGUGGUGAAGGGGAUGUUCCGGGCGCUGUACAUCUCGCGCUCGCUGCAGACGAUGGGCGAGCUGAUCAACGCGGGCGUGCCCAUGCUGGACACGAUCGCGAUCACGGGGGACAUCUCCGGGUCGCGCGCGUACCGCAGCAUGUGGCGCGACGUGCACGAGAACAUCCGCCAGGGCCGCAAGAUCGCGGGGACGCUCGCCGGGUGGCCGCUGCUGCCGCACGCGGUGGUGCAGAUGAUCGGCGCGGGCGAGGAGUCCGGCAAGCUGGGCGAGGUGCUCGACGAGGUCUCGGACUACUACGCGCGCCAGCUCAAGGACGCGAUCAAG